GGGAAAAUCAACGAGACAUAUUACACCUACAUUACGGCGAAAAACAAAAAUGAUGACGGGUUUUGUCGCGCGUGUAAGCGAACGACGCACACAACCGAACGACGCACCCCACUAAGCAUCAACAUCUCUCAUUUUCAAACAGCAAUGUCUCAACCACGCAAUGUUGAAUUACUUUCUUGUGAAGAGAGAAUUAUUAUGGCGAUUCAAGCAAUAAAAAGAGACCCGAAUCUAAGCCAGCGAUGCGCUGCUUCAAUCUACAAUGUUUCUGAAUGCACUCUUCGAGCGCGACGCGCCGGAUGACCUUCAAGACGCGCUUCUCAGCCUAACACAUCAAGGCUUACUAGGAGCGAAGAGGAGACUAUUAUAAAAUACACAAGGAAGCUCGAUGCACGAGGCUUUGCCUCUACUCUAGGGUAUCUAUGGGAAAUGGCCGACCAACUCCUUGCUGUACGUGGUGGAGGCCAGGUUGGCAUAAACUGGCCUACCAACUUCAUCCAUCGUAUGCCCGAGCUUAAAUCCCAAUUGACUCGACAGUGCGAU